CAUGUCACUGCUCGGUGCCCCGGUUAUCAAACAAGAGACGUAUGUGCAGCUCUUCGUACAAAAGGACGGCGCCACGCUACGCGAGCGUUGGCACAGUUUUCCUGAAUACCCCGAGGAACUAGUGUUGAGCGCCGAUCAUCCGGAAGAUGCCAACAGGGAGAACACGGUCACCGCCAGCUUCCUUUCUGAGAAGGCUGCAGAAGCGGCGUUCGUGCUCAAGAACUACAAGGAAUUGCGCGUGCUCGUGCCAUUUCCGCCACUGGGAAUCCCCGUUGAGAAUCUGCCGCCUGUUUACGCUAAAGGGUCCGACAGUAUUAUGCUGCUUCCAAGCAACUUGACGAAGCCUGCUGAUGUCAUGGAAUGCAUAAACAAGUCCUUGGCGGCCACCCCCGAGCACUGCCAUCCUACGCACAAGCGGUAA